AGCAGCCAAUCUUGUUGCAGCGGCGAGUGUCCUGCAGCCAAUCCUAUUGGAGCAGGGCAUGUCCUGCCGAGAACACGAGAAGUGGGAUUCCUAAAAACGCAUCACCGGCACAGUGGGCACACACCUGCAGCCUCGCGCUGACCUGUUAGCUUGGGGUUUAGGAGUUUUGAUUAAACUAUGGCGGAAUAUCCACCUCCCCAAAAAAAAAAAAAUGCCCAUCCCUCGUUUGCCAACAACUAAGACAAGCAAAUAGAAGCGUAGCAAAUGGAUCUCAGGCAACUAAGAAGAAUCAGAGGCAAUGCGGAAUUAGCAACAUUUCUGCUCUACUGAGCACCAGUCAGUGGCUUUGACUGCCAAGCCAACAAUGUCAGCCAAGAUCGAAGGUCUUCCCCUCAUCUUCAUGGACGGCUCAUGAACAUUUCAGCCUCCGCAGUGACAGACGCUAAUUCUGCAGUGCUCAGGAGCAAUCCAUGGCCAGUGCUCCGCCACAAUGAGAGACCGCUUAAAAGAGUUACUGGAGAGGACUCAGGAGGUUUCUGAUCGAGGAAGUUUGAGUUCUAACCCCCAGUCCGAGGACGACGACGACACUGACAUGUCUGUAGUUGUCGGGGUCAUAAAACCAGAGGCUGUGCUGUUUGAGGAGGAGCCAGUUAUUGACAAUUUCCUAUCGGAAGUUCAACAAAUCCGAAAUGAUAUCGUCACGCUGGAGAUCGUGGUCCUUAAAUUCAGCCAACAGCAGAAGAUGUUGGUCGCAACGAUGCGGCGCUUUAGUAUAAUGAAAAAAGAGAGCAGCAUUACGAGGGACAUCAAGCUCCAAGCUGAGAGCCUCCACCGUCGUCUGGACAAGCUUUCUAAACAAGUGCAAAAAGCAGAAGAGCAGCAUGGUCCUACUGCUGUUGCAUCAAGAAUACAACGCUCCCAGCAUGCAGCCAUUUAUCUUAAAUUCCAGCAGGUAAUGCGGCAGUACAAUGAAGGACUGUUGACCAAGCAGGAGCGCUGUAAGCAUUUCAUUAUCCGGCAGCUGGAAGUCUCCGGAAGGGAUGUGACGGAAGCGGAGGUGAACGAGAUGGUUGCCACAGGAAAGUGGGAAGUCUUCAAUGAAAACCUGUUAAACGAUGUCAGAAUCACUCGGUCCCAACUGUCAGAGAUUGAACAGCGGCACAAGGAGUUGUUGAGCCUCGAAAGCAACAUGAUUGAGCUGAGGGACCUCUUCAUGGACAUUUUCAUCCUCGUGGAGGAACAAGGGACCCAAAUUGAGCACAUACAGACCAAUGUAGAGAGGACCCAGGAUUAUGUGGCAGCCUCUAAUGAGAAGUUCAAGUUGGCCGCCAGGUACAAGAAAAAAAACCCUCUUCGUCAGAUCUGCUGCUGCUGUUGCCCUCCCUGGAAAUGCUGCUUUUAAACUUCAACGAAUUGGGAUCCAGCGGCUGGUAUUCUAAGUGUCUGCCUUACCUGUUGGGAGUAAACAACAUUGGAAUCGAGUGCCAUUAAAGUGAAGGUUAUGGUACUGCGGUUCUUGCUGUUGAACACAGCAACGGUGAAGACAGAUUCAGCAGAGCAUAGAAAACAAUUAAGGGGGAGGCCAGGAAUUGAUAUUUGAGGCACUUAUUUUUUUGAAGAGGGUGUGAAGUGACUGCUAUUGGAAGAGACAGUUCACUGAGUGCUCUUCACCAACAUGUUUAUUGGAGACCUUCACUGUCAUCUGAAAGAGGUCACAAACAAGACUUCUACCUCUGCAACUAUCAUUGCUUCAUCACAAAUUCCACUGUUCUAAACUUUUUGGUUCUUCCACAAGCACUUGUGUUUUUUCCCCCCAAAUGCUAUAUUUAGACAGUGCACUUUGCUAAAGCUCAUAUUUAUUAUUGUGGGGAAUUUAGUUUUCUUUUGUUCCAGGUGCCAAUGAUAGAAAAAGAAGGAAAUGUUGUCAUCAUGUUUUAACGGAAGUAGCAUUAUUUCAUUUCAGUUAAAUAGCAUAUAGAGUGGAACCCUGCAAAAUUAUUAUUUUUUAAAAACUUGACUGUUAAGAAUGUUAAUUAAAACAUUGUCUGCACAAUUUAUAAAGUAUUUAUGACAAAUUGAUUAAUUCAGUGAUUAUUUCAUGUGGGAAAAAAAAAUCUAUAUUUGAACAAAUCACAUAUAUAGACAAACUUCCAGAAUAAAUUGUGUGCAAAUGUAAUGUUCGACUGUACUAGCAUAGAAGAGAUUUGGACUAAUAAUUAUAAUAAUUAUUGUUCUUUCAAAUCUGAGGGAUAAUUAACGAUGACAUUGCUCUGGUUUAAACCCAGUUACAGUAUAUAUGUAAUGUAUAUAUAUGUUUUAAUAUAAUUUAUUGUGGGGUAUAUUUAUUAACUUGACUUUGAACAGUGCGUAACUCCACCCAUGUCAGAUGUACUGAACCAAUGAGAAUCAGUGAAGAGACGGAAAAGUGAGCAAUGCCCUGUGGUGUGUGUCAGCAGACAGGUAACUUGGGUGUGGCAAUACGAGACAGGAAAAACGGGUUUGCCUGCGAUUACGACAACAGCUGCGCCUGCAGUUCCCGCAAGACCUUCUGUGUAAAUAGAACCGUCACUUUGUGCAAAAGAUGUGUACCUUUUUAAUUAAAAAAAAUUUUUUUUUAACCAUAAUGCUGGUUUAAAACAAAAGUGUUUCAACUUGAACUUGAGCGACACAAAUGUUAAGACUGAUUGACAGGAUUGACAUUUAGUAAGUCAGUUUGACAUUUUCUCCCGGAUAUUGGCCAUUCACAUGACACAUAAUAAACGCUACCUAUCAAUAUGGUGUUUUAUUUAGGGAACAUGUUAUUUACAAGGAUCCCCUGGGUCUAGCAGAGGAACCAGGUGGGAUUUUCUUUGAGGUGUUUACUGGCAUUUCAAUGGCAUCAGAAACAUUGUGGGUUGUUGUUUUUUCCCCCCCUCAGCCUUGCAGUGAUUGGGGUGACAUUUUAAAAAAACUAAAACAUAAAAGCAUGUAAGCUGCAAUAUGAAACGGAAAUAACAAUAUAAUAUUAUGACAAUAUAUUAUUGCGCUGCAUAACCUCACAUAAAAAAAAAAGAGGUUACAGAGCAGCAACAAUGCCAUCCAGUGUUCACUGACAUAAUUGCCAGUUGAAUGUACUGAUUGACUCCCACAAGUCAAAUGCUGAGAGAGAAGAGAGUCUGAUUUGUAUACUUACUCUUUUAAACAAAUCAGACAAUCAGACUGGGGAUUGUCACUUUGUAUAGUCUCGUUGUAUUACAGAAUGUCGUUAUACUUAUUCGUUAAACGUUAUUGUCAGGACAGGACUGGUUUAAAGAUAGCAGGAAAGAAAUCUAUGUGGAGCAGUUUUUAGUGCAUGAAAGCUGAAGGCCAGUUUCCUCCACACAUUCCCUAAAUGUCUCACUUCAUGAAGAAAUGGCGUUUUUACAGCCCCCAAUUUGCUUCCAUGCACCUUUUUUUUUCCUGACAAAAGACCGAGUCGACAUUACCCCCUGCUUUUAUUACAUCCAUCACAAUGUGAAACUGAAAGAAGAUAGAAAAAUGUGUUCAUAUCAUAUAGCAUCUGUUUUUCUGGCAGUUCUACUAUCAACAGUCAAUUAUAAAACAUAUUUUACCUUCAUCCCAUCUCACUGGAAAUAUUUUAUGAGCACAUUUCUCCAUCCAAAAUUUACAAACAUCUUAAUACUUGCUGACAAGGCAAUGUCAAUGAUAGCGUAUAGUUAAAGUUGUUAACUUCCGACUGAGUAAAGUCGCUCUGUUUCCAGAUUUUAUACUAUGAUUAAAUAUGUAUUUAUUGUAAGGGUGGUGUAGAAAAAGCCAUGCACUUUAAUCCAAUAUCUUCCAUAACAAAACAUAAAAACAACAAAACAUGGCACCGAGGCCAGGGACAUCAGAAUCAGAAUCAGAAUCAUCUUUAUUUGCCAAGUAUGUCCAAAAACACACAAGGAAUUUGUCUCCGGUAGUUGGAGCCGCUCUAGUACGACAACAGACAGACAAUUGACAGAGAACACUUUGGAGACAUAAAGACAUUGACAAAAAAACAGUCACUGAGCAGUAAAGAGUUGCUAGUUAUUGUGCAAAAAGAUGCAGAGUCCUCUAGCACUUAGCGCAGUUCGAAUGACUAAUAUUGCAAUAGUCCGGUGCAAUGACCAUUGUGCAAAGGGCGACGAGACUUCAAGGAGUGUAUGCGGUGCAAUAAAAAUACUUAGCCUUACUAAAUACUGAGGAAAGUCUGCAUUAUAUGUUUCGUUUUUCGGAUUUUAGUUUAACUUCCCCCAGAAAUCCUUAGUUUUAUUCAAAAUACAGUGUUUUGCUUUCUUUCAAAAAUUAUCUAACCCUAAAUUAUUGUGUGCAUUGGAUACAUCAGAGGAUAGAAACACUGGACAGUGUUAAAUUAUAGUUCUGAAAAUGUUAACUAUGAUAAAUUUUAUUUGAUAACACAAAACUUGAAUUGAUACAUUCAUCUUGAUAUAAAGUGCUACGGUGUAUAUAGUUUGCGCUAAACAAUUUCAUUAAAAUUGACACUUUCUUGGAAAAGAACAAAAAAUUAAUAGCUCGAACAUAAAGUACUUUUGUACUGGUCACUGUUAAAGUGUGAAGUGUAAUUGUAAUAAAUGUGUUGUUAUUUUGUCUUAGCUUGCUGGGAGACCCAAAGCAGGCUCAUGAAAACUUUUGUCCUUCACAGUGAGGAAAGUCAGCAUAAUGUGAGGUCACGCUGAGUUGAUAUGAUUCGCUACAGUUUGUACUGAAACUUAGAGUUGAAAAGGUGACGUAUUUUUCUUGCUGCAUUAGUUCAUCAGAUACAAAGACAAUAUUUACACAAACACAUUGUGUUGUAUUGUCAUGUAUUGUAUUAGAACGUUAAAACAAAUUGCAUGAUAGCUGCUCAGGUGAAAGAGAUUUGGCCAGUAGAGGGAGCUAAUAUGCAAUCAUUAUAAUCGGCGUUUGUCAGGCCUUGGCAGACAAUAGGGUUUAUGCAAACAGCUGUGACACAUUGGGACAAAGGUAAGGUGAAAAUUAACUGAGAUGGGGAAUGAUUCAGAGGAUUCGGCCUCACUUUAUGCUGAUGGA